AUGGCAGGCUUGCUUUCACCAUUGACCGGCAAUAUCUAUUUCCCUGCACUCAAUUCGGUUGAAGAGGACUUGCAUACAACAACGGAGCUUGUGAAUUUGACAAUCACCCUGUACAUGGUAUUCCAAGGUGUUUCGCCCGCCAUUUGGGGAGCAUUUGCAGACGCAUGGGGCCGACGGCCAAUCUAUUUGACAACACUCGCCGUUUAUAUUGGUACAACAAUUGGAUGUGCACUUGCUCCAAAUUAUCCAGCCCUACUUGUUCUUCGCAUGUUGCAAGCUUUUGGAUCAAGCUCGGUCAUUGCUAUUGGUGCUGGUGUUAUUAGUGAUAUCGCACUUCCUUCUGAACGAGGUCGACUUUCAAGUCUAGUUGCUUCAGGACAAAUCCUGGGUCCUUGUAUUGGUCCAAUUAUUGGAGGUGUUCUUUCAGAAGCAGUGUCUUGGAGAUGGACCUUUUGGUUUCUUGUCAUUUAUGGCGGUAUUGUCUACAUGUGCUUGCUGCUUCUGUUACCAGAGACAUUACGCAUAUUGGUUGGCAAUGGAUCGGGAUAUGCAAAUCCAACACCACUACAAUGGAUCAAACACCGUCGACUAGACAUACCCAAGAAUACAACGAGCACCAUUCAAAGGAAGAAGCCCAAUCCACUACGACCAUUCAUUUAUCUCCUUCAGCCUGAUAUUGCGGUGAUGCUUGUUUUCUAUGGGAUCAUCUAUGCAAACAUGUAUGCCUUGAUGGUGACCAUCCCAAACCAAUUUGGUGUUGUCUAUGGUCUCAACGAGCUGCAGAUGGGAUUGUGCUAUUUACCCUUGGGUGUCGGCUGCGUUAUUGGUGCUUACACUAAUGGCUACUUGAUGGAUCGCAACUUUCGAGUCGAAGCCAAAAAUUAUGGAUGCGAGCCCAAGGUGGGGCGUCUACCAAUCGAUUUUCCUGUAUUUCGUUGUCGAUUACGCACAACAUGGAUCAACAUUAUCUUCAUCGACAUCAUUGCUAUCGUGUAUGGAUGGCUUUUGCAGCAACAUGUUCAUUUGGCAGCACCCCUGAUUCUUCAAUUUGUGUAUGGCAUAAGCAUUAUGGGUGCCAAUAACACGUUUCAAACACUCAUGAUCGACCUAUAUCCUGGAAAAGGUGCCUCAAUCACUGCGUCCAAUAAUUUCGUUCGCUGCUUGCUAGGUGCUGUGGCCACUGUGGUGAUUGAUCCAGGCAUCAAUGGCGUUGGAGUUGGAUGGAUGUUUACGAUUUUGGGUCUCAUUAUGACAGCAUCGAAUUUAUUGCUCGUCGUGUUGCGGAUAUAUGGGCCUCGAUGGCGUAAAGCUCGUAUGGAAAAGCAAGAGCAGUCUUCCAAGCAUGCUACAACAUAUUAG